UAUGAGUUACGAGCGCAGCCGCAUGGGUAACGUUAGAGUUACGACUGAAAGAGUGGUUAGUGAAGUCAAGCGUGAACACAGCGGCUCAGAAAAGCCUGCGUUAAACAGUAUUCCAGAGUAAAAGCAUCAGAAGAGGCCAUCAUGACUGACAGGAAGGCAGUAAUAAAGAACGCUGAUAUGUCUGAGGACAUGCAGCAGGAUGCAGUGGAUUGUGCCACGCAGGCCAUGGAGAAGUACAACAUUGAGAAGGACAUUGCUGCAUAUAUCAAAAAGGAGUUCGAUAAGAAGUAUAAUCCGACAUGGCAUUGUAUUGUGGGACGGAACUUUGGCAGUUAUGUUACGCAUGAAACGAAGCAUUUCAUCUACUUUUACUUGGGUCAAGUGGCCAUUCUGCUCUUCAAAUCGGGCUGAGGGAACAGCUGUCGUUCAUGAAAGUUGGACAUCAACUCCAAACCUGGACUGUGAUGCACUGAUGGCUUGAGCCACACUCUCUACACACACACACACACACACACACACUUACAUUCUCUCCCACAUACACA